AUGGCGGACCGGCAGGCUCAGCAUCUGAUGGACAUGCUGGCUGUGAGCUCCACGCGGGCCUCCCAGCUGCUGGGAGAGGCAGGGGGGGACCUGGACACAGCAAUAGCUUUGCACUUCGCCAAUCCAGCGGGCACCAGCAGCGCCCCACUAUCGCCCAGGCACGCGUGGGAGUCGGGGAGUGCCUGGUCUGAGCUGCGCGCUCUGCUGGGCGACAGCAUCACUCAGCAGCAGGCACAGCGACUGCUGCUGCGUACGGGCAGCGUGGCAGCUGCGGCAGAUCUCUAUUUCGACAACCCUUCGGCGGCAGGGCCAGCGGACGGCGCUGUUCGCGCCGGCGGUCGCGGCGGCGGUGGCGGCAAUGACGCCAUCACCAUCAGCGACAGCGGAGACCUGGAGGACAGCGAGGAGGAGGAUGAAGAGGACGAGGAGGAAGCGGAGCAGCAGCAGCAGCAGCAGCAGGAGGAGGAGGAGUCGCGCCCCCCGCAGGGCCGCAUCAGAACAGGCGGCCGCCGCCGCGGCUCGCAUCGCGGCGAGGCGCAUCCGCCGGGCCGCGGCGGGGAGCGGACCUCGGCAGGCGCAGCCGGCGCCGCCCCCUCUGCUGCCGGGGCACGGGGCGACCGCGGCGGCCGCGGCCUCGUGCGCAGCCCGCAGCGGGGCGCCGGGUUUGGCAGGGUCGGCGGCCGGGGCGGCGGCGCCGCGGCGGCUGGGGCCAUCGCCCAGCUGCUGGCUCAGGUGGUGGGCGGCAGGCUGUUCGGAGGCGGGGAGAGCUCCGAUGAGUUGAGCGAGUACAGCCUGGGCAGCUAUGGCGGCGAGGAGGAGUCUGAGGAGGAGUCUGAGGAUCUGCCAGCCAGCCCCCGGCUGGGACCCAGGGUCACAGGCUCGCUGCCAGAUCUCAACGCUGCAGCGGCAGAGUGGGCGCAGGGCGAGGCGAUGCGGCAGCAGGGCGGCGGCGGCAGCGGCGGCGCCGGCCCCUCCGCGGCCGCGGCGGCGCCGGCCAGGCAGCCCAUGCGGCCGGGGCUGCUGCCGCUGCCGCAGCUGCGCCGCGAAGGGCGGCUGUUCACAGCGAGCCUGGAGGAAGUGCCGCGCGUGGCCAGGCCGGGGCCGGGGUGCGGCCCGCGCUUCCCGCUGCACCUGGGUGCCGUGCAGGUGCCGCUGGCCGCACUGAAUGAGGCCUUGCUCAAGGCGGUGCAGGGCAAGAGGCACUGGAGCGAGCUGGAGUGGGGAGGCAAGUCCAAGCUGUUCCACAACUUCAUAGGGCCGCCCUACCCCGGCUACUUCACCCCCUUCUGGAAGACGGCGGACGCGGUCCCGCUGUCUGAGCUGGCUGGCGAGGGCUACCCACCAAACAUGCUGGAGCCCUGGGCACGCCUGGCGCUGUACAGGAGCAGCGAGCGGGGGGAGGAGGCGGUGGCGUGUGUGCGGGAGGAACAUUCGUGGGUGUCAGAGCUGCUGUACUCGCUGUGGGUGCUGGAGACGGCGGGCGUUGUGGAGAUACGGUGCCGCCUGGUGGCUGGCCAGCAGCCUGAGGAGCAGCAGCGGGGGCAGCAGCAGCAAGAGCAGGCGCAAGGCCCGGCGCCGCCGCCGCAGCAGGAGCAGGCGGGGCAGCCCGCUGCCGGCCAGCAGCAGGAACAGGCGGCUGAGGAGCACUCGCCUCCUGCGGAGCGGCCGGCUGGUGAUGGCGGCAGGGGCCAAGGCCGCAGCAGGAGCAGGGGCCCCUCUCAGCCACCGGCUCCUGCGCCGCCACAGCCCGCAGCAGCGGCAGCAGCAGCAGCAGCAGGGGGUACGAGAGCCCCCAAGCGCGGCGCCAGGGCAGCCCCCGUGCCGGCGGCGGCGGCGCCGACCUCCGAGGCCGCAGGCAGCGCAGGCCCCAGCGGCGGCGGCGGCCAAAGCAUGCCGCCGGCCGCGGGUCUGAUGCCGCGUGCUGUGCAGCUGGACGUGGUUGUGACUGAUGUGGUGCGGCACCAGCUGUGGUGGGAUGAGGAGGAUGGUGACCUGAGCGAGCACAUGGAGCAGGGCAAGGGCGGCGGCAGGCGGGGAGGCGCGCAGGCGAGGCGCCGCCGCACGCUGCUGCUGGCCCUUUCUGCGAACAAGUCGCGAUGGACCAAGGUCGGCGGCGCGCUGGGCAAGGUGGUUGCCGCGCUGCUGCGCUUUGGGCGCGGGCUGGGGCUGGGGCCCGACGCCGACGGGCUGCUCAACCUGGGAGGCGUGGCGCCGCAGGAGUGGCGCCAGGUGGCGGCGGCGCCCAACCGGCGGCGCCUGUUUGACGUCCAGGCGCUGCUGGACUCGGUGGCGCACAAGCGCAGCGGCCUGCACGCCAUGAAGGCGCCGCGCGGCCUGGCCACCCAGCCCAAGCAGUACCAGCUCACGGGGCUGCAAUGGAUGCUGGACCGGGAGGCAAAGGGCGACGCGCUGGGCCGCGGCCAGCUGCACCUGCACCCCUGCUGGCUGCAGCUGCACACCCAGGACGGCCAGCUCCUGUACAUGCACCGCCUGCGCCCCCACGUCCUGUCGCCCAACUUCUACUCCGCGCCCGUCGGCGGCACCUGUGGCGGCUUCCUGGUUGACGAGAUGGGGCUGGGCAAGACCCUGCAGACUCUGUCGCUGGUGCUGAGCAACCCCGCGCCCAAGGGGUGGGCAGUCAGUAGGCUGGACGGGCUGCAGGCGACCGCCGACUCCGACCCCGUGCCCAUCCGCUGCUCCCUCAUCGUGUGGGCGGAGGAGAUUGAGCGGCACGUGCAGCCGGGGCAGCUCAAGUGGUGCCGUUAUGUGCCCCCCGGCGCCGCCGUCGCCGCCGCCGCAGCGGCCGCCGUGAUGCCGGAGGAGGCGGGAGAUGGCGGCGCCACGCGGCGCAGCCGGCGGGUGGCCAUGGCGGGCGGAUCGGUGGACCUGGCCCGUGGCGCCCCUGUGCGCCCCAUCUGGUGCCGCGCCCCGGACGGCUCCCUGAUGGCGGCGCACGAGGCGGAUGUGGUGCUGCUGAGCUACGAGCAGCUGCGAGACCAGAUGCACGCCACGGGCGGCGGCCACGCCUCGCUCUUCGGCCAGUACGGCUUCUGGCGGGUGGUGCUGGAUGAGGCCCAGCUGGUGGCCAACAGCAGCAGCGUGGCGGCGGUCAUGGCCAGCAGCCUGUGGCGCAGGCACGCCUGGGUUGUCACCGGCACGCCCAUCACCGCCAGGCUGGACGAGAUCAAGGGCCUGCUGGAAUUCCUGGCCUAUGAGCCCUUCCACCACUCCACCGUCUGGCGCGGCCUGCUGCAGCACCUGUACGAGCAGCAGAGCGCGGGCGGCCUGCUCAGCCUGCGCUCCCUGCUGCGCGGCGUCAUGCUGCGCCGCUCCAAGGCAGACGUGGCGCACGAGCUGCAGCUGCCCCCCUGCACGCGGGAGGACAGGUGGGUGGCGCUGUCGCCUGUGGAGCGUCUGUGCUACGAGCAGAGCAAGCGCGCGUUUGUGGAUGCCGUCUACCAGCUGGCGCAGCACCAGGGCGCGGCGGCGGCGGCCAGCCGCGGCCGUGUCGGCUCCAAGGUGGUGGGCCGAGCGCAGGCGGCGCUGACGGCGCUGCGGCAGAGCUGCUGCCACCCGCAGAUUGUGCGGCGCACCGACGAUGUGCUGGGCAAGGAGCGGCGGAGCAUGCGGGAGAUCAUGGCCUCGCUGGUGGUGAAGGCGUAUGGGGAGUGGGACCAGGCUGCGCGGCGCCUGCUGGACGCGCGCCUCAUUGCGGCGGCCGUGGCGGGCGGCGAGAGCCUGCACCCGCUGCUGGAGCUCAUCCGUGCCAACCAGGCGGCGGCGGGCAGCCCCGACAUCCGCCACGCCGCCAGCCACACGCGGGGAGUGCACGGCGAGGUGGAUGCGGCGGCACUGCAGGCGGCGGGCGAGGCGGCGGCAGGCGCGGGCCAGCCUGGCACCUCGGCGGCGGCGGCGGCGGCGGCGGCAGUGGCGGGCGCAGGAGCGGCCUCGGGGUCGCGCGCAGGACCUGCUGCUGCGCACCCUUCAGCCAACGACAGCCCGCAGGCGGCGGGUGGCGGCAGCCAGCAGGCGGUGGCAGCGAAUGACAAGGGCAAGGCGCCGAUGGGAGCGGCGCGUGGCAAGCAGCAGCAGCAGCAGCAGCCGGAGCAGCAGCAGCCGGAGCAGCAGCCGGAGCAGCAGGCCGGUGGGGCGGCGGCGGCAGCUGACACGGAGGCGGGCGAUCGCCAGCUGGCGGAGCGGAUGCAGGCUGAGGAGGAGGCGGGGCAGCAGGCGCAGGGAAAGGUGGAGAAGCAGCAGACGCAGGAGGAGAAGGAUGCGGCGGCGCGGUACCGGUCCUGGAGGAAGCUGGAGCUGGACUGCCAGGAGCUGUACUGCCACAUGCUGCGCCAGUGCGCCAGCGGGGCGCGCCCCAAGGGCAGGGCCAAGCUCGCGGCGCCCGCGGCGGCGCCGCCGCCCGCCAAGCGUGCGCGACGGGGCGGCGAGGCGCCUGCCGGCGCGGCAUCAGAAGCUGCCGCCGCCGCCAAGAAGCCAGACAGGGCGGCGCUGAGGGUGCAGCUGGAGGAGCGGCAGGCGGCGCUGGAGUCGCUGCGCCAGGAGCUGCGCCUGCGGGAGGACGGGGUGGCAGACGGCAGGCUGAUGCGCCGCAGCCGGCGCAGGGCGGGCAUUGAUGCAGACGACACCGAAGCUGAGGUUCCCAUCGACAUAGAGGAGGCUGAGGAGCAGCUGCUGAAUGCCAAGGUCGUGCUGCGCACAUACAACGAGGUGCUGGCCAGGAGGGACCCACACAAGUCAGCCAGGGCGGCGGUGACCACAGCAGGCGCGCAGCAGAAGGAAUGCAGCGAGGCGUGGCACCACCUGCGCCACAUGAUCAACAAAGAGGCCGCACUGCUGGCGGCCGACAAGGGCAAGGCGGCGGCCGGCGAGGAGGAGGCCGGCGGCGGCGUGCAGGGCCCCGCUGCCGAGCAGACUGACCUCACCUCCUGCCCCAUCUGCCUGGAUGACUUGUCCACCCGUACCAUCACCUCCUGCGGCCACCACUACUGCCCUCCCUGCAUACGAGAGGUGCUGGCCCAGGGCACGCGCCUGUGCCCCAUCUGCCGCACGCCGCUGUGCGAGGCCGACCUGUUUGAUGCGGCCAGCGAGGAGGAGGCGGCGCUCAACCGCGCGGCGCAGGCGGCGGCGGCGGCGGGCACCAACGCAGACUACGGCGCCAAGGUGGGCGGCAGCGGCGGCGUGGGCGUGUCUGCGCUGCUUGCAGAGCUGGCCGCACUGCGUGCGGCAGACCCGGGGGCCAAGGCCGUGGUGCUGUCCUCCUGGGGCCGCCUGCUGCGCCUGGUGGGCGACGCGCUGCGCGCCAACGGCGUGGGCCACGCCACGCUGGCGGGCGCCAGCCCUGGGGAGAGAGAGGCAGCCCUGCACGCUUUCCUGCACGACCCCGCCUGCGCCGUGUUGACGGUUGUGAUGAGCACAGCGGGCGGCGCCGCGGGCCUGACGCUGACCGCCGCCACCACCGCCUUUUUGCUGGAGCCGUGCCUCAACCCGGGGCUGGAGGCGCAGGCAGCCGCACGCAUCUGGCGACUGGGGCAGACCAGGCCUACGCGUGUGGUGCGGCUGCUGGCUGAGCACAGCGUGGAGUCUGCUGUACUGGAGGUGCAGCGGCGCAAGCUGGAGGGCGGGGAGGUGACGGCGGCGGACUCGCCGCUGGCGGAGCUGGAUGCCGGCAUGCUGCUCAGCAUCUACGAGGCCGUCAAGUGA